GGACUGCAGCGCCAGACAGAGGCAUCCACGGUGCAGGAUGCUAUAUUAAGCAGUGCUGGGAUGGUGCUUUAUAUAGCACCGUGCAACCUACAUUGUAGCACUUAGGAAAUGAUUCCUCUUCAACAGACACGCUGCUGCUCUCUAUAGUGUUAAUGGAAUUCAAAUGACAAGGUCUUAGACGCUUAAUGAGAUUAGCACAAGCUGUUGGGAGCAGUUAAUGGCCUUUCCUGGUGUGGGUAAGUAAGGUUGACUAAUUGUCCAGGAGGUCCAGCUGACCCUGGCUUAGACAACAGGUGGUCUGUAUGAAAUGGACGCCUAUUAGGCUAGCACAUUGUUUGUUUUCUUAUUUUUUUUAAAUCCUUUCAUUUGAUAUGCACUACACCAUAGCAGGUAAUUUUGUGAAAUCAAUCUAUUUUUAAGUUGAUAUUUAGUGUGUGUGUGUGUGUGUGUGUGUGUGUGUGUGUGUGUGUGUGUGUGUGUGUGUGUGAGAGAGAGAGAGUCGGUGUGUGUGUGAAUGAGUGGGACUGACAGACAGAGAGAGAGACGUGGUAGAGCGAGCUCUGAAAGCCAUUACCUCCCGUGAUAGAGACACGCUGAAGGAGCCGUCAGUCUCGACUCGGACCACUGCAGAUCACUGAGGACCAUCGCUCGUCUGCUGCUGCUACAAAUCUCCUCUCCUGGAGAAAGACUCCACGCCGUCCCGGAUGUUUUCAGCCUCAGACGCCCCUGAGAUGAACCCUCCCAAUCCACACAGAAGCUUACUGAUGUCGCUCUCCUACGAUUACAACAUGCUUCCCAGUCAGGAUCUGAGGUCCUACUGGUUGUGUUCCCAGCAACACGCCUCAGCGGAUCCCACUGGGAUCCAUCCCCACCAACACCUGCAGGCCCUCCCUCCUCUUCCACGCCCCUCUCUGGUCGUCUCACCUCCCCCAUGCUUACGGUGGACCCAAUAUAGUAAUGCCCUGGAUUCUCUGUCCAUCACAGAACAGAGGGCACAAUCCUUUGUCCCCUUCACUGCUUCCCACAGAGCCUCUCAGGGCCUCACCCAGCCUAAGCCAGGGAAAUGGGGAGCGAUGCAUGUUUGCAUCGCCUGGCAGAUUCAUCGCCAUAAACAGAGGGUCGAGAAGUCGCUGAUGAAACCAUCAGAGUUUCCUUCUGUGACUGACAUGGCCGCGGCGAUACAAGAGAACAGGGACUCUGCCCAUUCCUCACCACCAAUUCCAGACGGCUCCCACGGCCGGUCCACGUCUCUGAAGAGGAGGGCGUCUGACUGUGAGGGGCGGACCCAGCCCCCCCUGCACCUCGCAGACCUACUGAGACAGGAGGAGGAGCAGACGGAGGAGAAGGAGACCGCCCGGGCACAGCCUCACACGGAAACCUCCCAGCAUGCAUCGAGAGCCGCUCACGGGCGUGCCAGCGAGUACGACGCCGGGCCCAGGCGGGGGUCCGGGGACUCGAGGAAACGGGGGCCUCACGAGAGUGACGGCGUGCGUCUUAAAGCCAUGAGGAUGAGGCACGGGGAACGUGAGGACUGUCGGGUCUUCACAGGGAAGAUGUUUCAGUCGGCUCCAGUGAACGGACCUCAGUAUUACCAGCCCUCACCCGGGUAUUACGCUACCGUGGGCGGAAUGGAUCCCAACACCCUCUACCCAACGCCUUCCUAUUCCCAGGGCAGAUUCCUACAACAGAACCAACAUGUCUUCCACCAAGCGGUGUUUAUGAAGCAGAACACUGAACUCCAGAACCUGGCCGGACAGUCCUUGUGACGCUGUGCACCCGGAGGUACACAUGGAUCCGUUUCAAACUAAAAGCCUCAUUGCUCCAGUGUUAGAACUUUUAUUUUGGAGAUCACGCAAGAAAGCGUCUUACUCAUUCCUUGAAACAUCAGUGCAUUAAAACUACUGUAUAUUUAUUUAAAUUUAACUGCCUUGGUCAGAUGUAUUACUGUGUUCCUCACCUUCCCCGAAUAAGACUGAUCGGACUCUGGGGGCUGGGUGAGGCUGCACACCUGUUGUACAUCAUGCAAUCAGUGUUCCAGGUUAAAUCAGCCAUCCCCACGGACUGCAGAGAUCUGCAUGGCAACAUGGACCAGUAUCAUUGUCUCCAAAAAUUACAAUAAACCGGCUUUCAACACCACCAACCUGCCUUCUUGUUUUGGCGGAGCCCAGAAAAGCCACCUAGGGGGAGUGUAGCAUGCAACAUUGCUACAUGCUCUCAUUAUAUUCAAAAUAAAAAGGAAAUCUUGAACCAACAUUGAAAAAGUUUGUUUUAAUGCUCAAAUAAAUAAAUCUCAAAUAACCAUCAAAACCGACCACUUUAUUGUACACCAUC